CGUUGGUUGCGACCCGCCAUAAAAUGAAGAAGAAGAAGCACGUUCAGGGAGGGGAGGGUGCGGUGCUCACUGCUGGUCUUUUAGAAACUUACUCAACAGCAACACACUUUCACGGUUAACAUUCAAAUAUUACUCAUUUCUAAAGCCCAGGAGACGGCGGUGGAGUCUAAAGUAUUGGAGUGUCUGAAGGGAUGUGUUAGAACAUGGACGACAACUGCUAUGCCAAGAUGGCGACACGAAGAGAAGACGGAAAAGAGUCAUCGCCGCCAACUACCAGCAACUCAUCAACGGACAAAAAGAGGAACAUUGCAGAUAAAGACGUCCAGCAGCUGAUUGGUCAUGAAGAAGAAGGGAUCUCCACUUUAAGACAGGAGAAUAUCCAUUUCCUUCAAGUUACAGAGGAAAGAGAGGACCUCCAGAUUAGUCAGGAUGUGUGUCUUCUAAAGCUGAAGGAGGCUGAUCCCACCAAGUUGCCGUUGACUGUUGUCUCUGUGAAGACUGAAGACCACGAAGACAAACCCCAAGACCAGAAGCUGACUGGUCAUCAAGGGGAACAUUCCCUUGAGUCCACUUUGAAGCAGGAGAAUCCCGAUUCUCUCCACGUUAAAGAAGAAGAGAAGGAACUCUGGAUCACUCAAGAGCGAGAGUGUCUUCUCGGGCUGGAAGAGGCUGAUCCCGCCAAGUUGCCAUUGACUGUUCUCUCUGUGACUAAAGACAAUGAAGACAAACUACAAGCAGACAACCUCUUAGCUCCACUAUCAGAUAGUGAGGCUGAAGACUUGGUUGGAGAACCUUUAAGCAGCGAUACAGACUUCGAGAGUGAUAUGAGGACUCACACUGACAACAAACACUCUGAAUGCUCUAAAAAUAAGACAGGGAAAAAAGUAUUUAUCUGCUCAGUGUGUGCCAAAAGCUUUGCUCAAAAGGUCUAUUUGACCCGACACAUGAAAAGACACACAAGAGAAAAAGCAUUUAGUUGUUCAGUUUGUGGUAAAAGGUUCGUUGAAAAGCGAAAUAUGAAAUAG